GGAUGGUGUGCCUGCUGAACUGCCUGCUGCUGGGAUAUCUGACCUGGAAUCUGCGGAUAUCGGACGCACAGGGGGAGUACUGCCACGGCUGGCUGGACGCUAAUGGGAAUUAUCACGAUGGUUUCCAGUGUCCGGAGGACUUUGACACCAUGGACGCCACCGUGUGCUGCGGCUCGUGCUCGCUGCGCUACUGCUGCGCCGCCGCGGACGCGCGGCUGGACCAGGGCGGCUGCACCAACGACAGGGAGGUGGACAACACCGAGUUCGCAGCGCAGCCCAUCUACGUGCCCUUCCUAAUGGUGGGCAGCAUCUUCGUGGCCUUCGUCGUGGUCGGCUCUCUGGUGGCCGUCUACUGCUGCACCUGCCUGCGGCCCAAGCAGCCGACCCAGCAGCCCAUUCGCUUCUCCCUGCGUAGCUACCAGGGCGAAACCAUCCCCAUGAUCCUCACCUCCGCUCCGCCGAGCCUCCGGGCCCCGUCGCGACAGUCCAGCACGGCCACCACCAGCUCCAGCUCGGCCGGAGGAGGCAGCUCCAUGCGGAGGUAUUCUCUCGGGGGGCAGCAGCAGCAGCAGCAGCACGGCUGCCUGGUGUCGGCCACCGUCUCCGUGUCGGCUUCCACCCCAACUCAGACCCCUCAGACUCUGCCUCCGCCUCCGCCACCCCCCUACACGUCCCCACCAGCGCCCAUGUCGGGAGGCAUGCAGCACCAGCUGCCCUCCACCCACACCCAGCUGCAGCUCCACCAGCCCUCUCAGGGCUUCCUGCUGCCGCAGCAGUACUUCUUCCCCCUGCAGCCAGAAGCCUUCUCAGCGGCCAAGGGCUUCGCCGACUUCGGACAGAGCUGACACGGCACCGAGGAGGGGGAACGGAGGGAUUACAAGCUUUAUCUAUAGGUGGUUGGACGUGAGCCGGCAAACACACAACACCGCAAUACGGCUGGUGGUGUUUGGGCAGGAGGACCGGGGACAGAGCUGCACGGCCCGAGGCGUUUCCCCCCUUCUGCGUCACAGGACACAUCACAAGUCAGCAGACCUGUCCGAGGCGGCAGCAGUGUUGGAUCUCGUGCACUUUUAUCGUAAAUUGUCAGCAGUCCUCACUUUGUAUUUUUAUACGGGCUGUUAUUCAAGGUGACGGCUCAUAAUACCUUCCUCUGAAAACUGAAAUGCUGCACGGGCAAAUGGCACCAACACGUCACUCUGAACAUUAUUACUCUUUGAGAACCAGAUGUUGGACACCAGGGAAAUAAGAGUUUUUUGACAAUCGCAUGGACCUGACAGAGGGGAGAAGUAUAAUUUGAAAGAAAUGUGGCCUGUCAUAAAGAUGUUGCACAUCCAGUGUGCCCGGAGCAGGGUUGUCAUAUCGAUUCCCUAAUUUACAGCGAAUAAAAUGUUGCCUCUCCGUA